AUGGCUCGCAACUCGGACAUCUCGCCCUACGUUGGCAAGUUCUCCCGCUCGCAGGUCUACUCCAAGAAGGGCCUCUACAAGCGCGAGCACAAGGCCGCCCCCGCCGCCGCUGCGCCCGCCCCCGAGACCAAGACCAAGGUCGUCGGCGGCAAGGCCAACGGCUCCUCGCGAACGAUCCCGACCUCGCGAGCGGCCAAGUUCUACCCGUCCGAGGACGUUAAGCAGCUCAAGCGAUCGCGCAAGUCGGUCCACGCCCCCAAGCUCCGCUCGAGUUUGACCCCCGGCACCGUCCUCAUCUUGCUCGCCGGCCGAUUCCGCGGCAAGCGAGUUGUCCUGCUCAAGCAGCUCGACAGCGGUCUCUUGCUCGUCACCGGUCCCUUCAAGGUCAACGGUGUCCCCCUGCGAAGGGUGAAUCAGGCCUACGUCAUCGCCACCUCGCUCAAGCUUGAUAUCUCUUCCCUCACCGUGAGUCCGCUUCGUGCGCUUCCUUUCGCCUCAACCGUCCUUGAACUCAUGGUGCUGACGCCCAUCGUCGAAUUUUGCUCUAGGUUGACGCCAAGUUGAACGACGCCUACUUCGCCAAGCCCAAGUCGGCUUCGCGCAACGGUACCGAGGGCGAGUUCUUCGCCGACAAGGCCGAGAAGAAGGCCUACCCCGAGGACAAGGUCGCGGACCAGAAGGCGAUCGACAAGGCUGUCCUCGCGGCCGUCAACGCCAAGCCCAACGCCGCCAAAUACCUCGCCGCCACUUUCGGUCUGUCCAAGGGGCAAUUCCCCCACUUGCUCAAGGUCAGUUAUCGAGUCUCGGGUAACGCCCGCCAUCCAGUUCUUCGGGUCCCAGGGCUGACCCUUCCCUCUUGAUUCUCACGCAGUUCUAA